AUGGAAAAUUAAAUUACCAAUAACAGUGCUAAAUUGCUGGAUCAUUCUGAAAUAUCAAAAAAACUAAAUGAAAUCUUACCUGUGUAUAUGCAAUAAGAAUUAAAGUAUAAUAAAAAACCUGUGAAAUUUGGUACUAAUUUUUCAUUUGAAAGAAUAAAUCAAUUCAUCUAAAAAAGAUUUCAAAAUGCGGCAUAAGAUUUGAUUACCCAAUAAAAAUUAGAUAAAAUAUAUGAAGGGAUAGUUGACAUAGUAAGAGGAGAAAAGUAAACAGCUAUGGUUUUUAAAAAUGUAGUUGAUGUUGAAUUUGUCAAGAUGUACUUUAAUCCUCAUGAAUUAUAAGAAGCUGGUCUUAUUUAAACAAUUAAUAAAAUAGAUAUCAUCAUAUUAAUUUUUUAAUAAGAAUGA